UUGUCAUAUAACAUUUGACAGCUGUUUUAUAAGAAAUCAGAAUAAUAAAUGUAUAUAUAAUGUCACAUUUGUUUUCGACCGAUAUACAUGGUUUUGUUAACCUGUAUAAAGCUAAAUAUAAGUUGGUACAGUACUUCAACUUGAUCUAUCCUUAAUAUUUUUACCUUUUAAAAUGCCAAGUUAUGAGCUAGCUAUGAUGAUCCGAGCGAUGCCAAAAGUGGAACUAAAAACUACACUAAUGCGAGUAUCUAAUGCAAUUUUUGAUCGAGGUGGUAUCAUAAGAGGUAUCGAAAAUUUAGGAUUUCGACCAAUGCCGUAUAAAUCUAGUGCUCACGGCCUUGUACACAAGGAAGCUAACUAUUUCGUAUUCAAAAUUGAUACCGCUACAAAAGUAGUCGCUGAUUUGAAAGAAGAGUAUGGGAGAGAUGUAGAUGUAAUAAGACAACAUGUGUUUAAAGUAAAUGAAGAUUUAGAUAACAAGUGCACUCUUGAAGAGGAAUUACUACCACCUGCUUAUCGCAAAGAAGUCCAACAAAUGAUUGAAGUUGGGAAAACUCAAGUUAAUCGGUUUACUCAUAAAUUCAAGUACAACUCGGGUUUAGACUAUUAUCCUUUCCAGAAAUAGUUAUAAAUUUUGUAAGUGUAUUAUUAAUUUGAAUGUAGCCUAAUGUAGAUAUUAUGGUAAUAGUAAUAAAUAAAUGUAAAUGCAAAAA